UAUUUCAGAGAGGCAUGUUUAGUUCUAGAUCAUACAUUUCUAUGUGAACGUUCUGCAACGCUGUGCCCUGCUGAACGGGGCUCAGGAUUAGGCAACGUUUGCAUCCUAUCCUUCCAGACAGAAACACUGAGCCAACUGCAAGGUUUAACUGGAGCAGCCGUUGAGUUGAAUGGAGUUCAACCGACCCAGAGCUCCAGGGGGAGGGCCUGGAGAUGGAGAGGGAGGACAAGUUGUCCUGAGCACGCUGGAUGAACUCCAGCCUGGGAGGAGUGAACGGAAGCUUGAAGAGCAUGGAGGGCUGGAAGGGCUGUCUUCAACCGACACCACUAACGCAGCCAAGACGGACCCCAGAGCCCCUGCAGGACGAUCUAGAAAGGUUGACUUGUACUCAUUCCACAGCUCCCCAUCUUCAGACAGCGAGGAGGAGGACAAAGGCAAGAAGGAAAAGAAAAAGAAGAAGCUGAAGAAGAGGAAGAAGAAGGAUUCCAGUUCAUCCUCUUCCUCCUCCUGCUCCUCUGACAGCAGCUCUUCAGACAGUGAAGAUGACAAUAAGAAGAAGAGGAGGAAGAAGAAGACAAAGAAAGAAGGUUCUGGGGAUAUUAUAGUACAUGAUGCAGCCUCCAUAUCUGAGCCUGGGCCUGAAGGCGUCACUGAUCUAAACGACGAGGAAACAAAGAAGAAAGAGGAUAACUCAUGCUUGGACAGUGAAGAGGACAAGAAGAAGAAGAAGAAGAAGAAGAAGAAGAAGAAGAAGAAGAAGAAGAAGAAGAAGAAGAAGGAUUCCAGCUCCUCAUCUUCAUCCUCUGAUAGCUCUUCAUCCUCCUCAUCCUCGGACAGCGACAAGAAGAAGAGAAAGAAGCGGAAGAAGAAGAAAAAGAAGAAGAAGCAAAAGAAAAAGGACUCUAGACAUUCUUCUGACAGCGAGGCAGACAAAAAAAAGGGAGAAGAAGCAGACGGACAGGGCAAGGAUGAGUACAGCUGUGCUGCUGGCGUUUCAACAGCUGGUGAGGAGGGUGCUGGACUGGAGGGUACCCUGGGACAGAAAUUGGGCAAAGGGGGGAAAAAGAAAGAUGAGAAGAAGAAAGACAAGAAGAAGAAGAAAGACAAGAGAACGGACAAGGGCUCUGCGUCUGAGAGUGAUGACGAUGACAAGUGCAAGAAAGACAAAGCAAAGGAGGGUGGUGCAUCAGCUGAAUGGAUUUGUGGCAGAGAUUUUCCUGAAGGAAUGGAAGCUGGAAACCUGAGUGAUGACGAGAGAGAAGGAGGCAAGGAGAAAGAGAAGGAGAAGAAGUUGAAGAAGAAGAAGGACUUUGGCUGUUCAUCAUCCUCUUCAUCAUCUUCAUCCUCGGAAAGCUCUUCCUCUUCAGACAGCGAGGAUGACAAAAAGAAGAAGAAGAAGAAGAAGAAGAAGAAAGCUGAGGAUUCCAGUUCUUCAUCCUCCUCCUCCUCGUCUUCAUCCUCCUCUUCAUCCUCUUCUGAUAGUGAGGAGGAAAAUAAGAAGAAGAAGAAGAAGAAAAAGAAGAAGGAGUCUAGUUCUUCAUCCUCUGAAAGCUUCUCCUCCUCUGACAGCGAUGAUGACAAAAAGAAAAAGAAGAAGAAGAUGAAGAAGAAGAAAAAGGAUUCCAGCUCUGAUGAUUCAGAUAGCGAGAAAGACAGGAAGAAGAAGAAGAAGAAGAAGAAGAAGAAGAAGAAGACAAAGGGUUCCUGCUCAUCAGACAGCGAAGGCGAUAAGAAGAAGAAGAAGAAGAAGAAGAAGAAGAAGAAGGGCGAUUCUGACAGCGAGGAAGACAAGAAGAAAAAGAAGAAGAAGGACAAGAAGAAAAAGAAGAAGAAGGAUGAGGACUCUGACAGCGAGGAAGACAAGAAAAAGAAGAAGAAGAAGGAGGACAAGAAGAAAAAGAAGAAGAAGGAUAAGCAUAUUUCUAUUUGUGUCCAGGACUCUGACAGCGAGGAAGACAAGAAGAAAAAGAAGAAAAAGAAGAAGAAGGAUUCUGGUUCUGACAGCGAGGAAGAUAAGAAGAAGAAAGGCAAGAAGAAGGAUAAGAAGAAGGGCAAGAAGAAGGAUAAGAAGAAGAAGAAGAAAGACAAGAAGAAGAAAAAGGAUGACUCCUCAUCUGGAAGUGAUGAUGAUAAGAAAAAGAAGAAGAAGAAGAAGGAGGAGAAGAAGAAGAAGAAAGAAAAGGGUUCCUCUUCUGGAAGUGAUGAUGAUGAGAAGAAAAAUAAGAAAGACAAGAAGGACUCCUGUUCCGAUGUUGAGGGAGAAUCUAAGAAAAAAACAAAGAAAGAUGACAACAAGAAAGAGGAUGGACCUGAGAAUGAAAAGUGUGGAGAGAUGAAAAAGGAGGGGAAAUAUGUAGGUGGCUUGGUGAUGGGAGGAGGGUGCAUGGAUAGCAAACCAUCUGACGAGGGAUCAGCUAUUCGCCCGAAACCCACCCUGAAGUUGGAGUCUUGGGGGCCGUCGGCAGACGCCAGACCCAACACUCGCUAUGAGUCCCUUUAUAGCCCCUCGCACUCUCUCAGUCCCAGGGAGAGCAGUCCCUCCCGCCCGCCACUCAGUCCCUUGGAGGCUCUGAUGCGGAACCCAACCUGGACCAGCGACCGUGACCCAAUGACCGGGAGAGGACCAGCCAGCAGCAGAACCACACUGCUCAAAUCCAGUGAUCUGCUCAGGGGUCCUAAGCCUUAUCAGCCUUAAUUAACAUGGAGAUUGGAAAAGAUAGGCCAAGAUGAUUCAUGCUCAUUACAAUCAGGCUGAAACAUGAUCAAAAAGGAAUUCUGUCAGAAAUAAAUAAAUAAUUUCAAUAGGUACAUUUUUGUGAAUCUAUUUUCCAACUGAAGCUGGUCAACUAUUGCAAAUAAUACACUUUUAUCUCUUUGGGAACCUCACACGUGAGUGACAUGCAAUUUGUUUAUCUAAAGUAAAGUGGGAAGUUUGAACAUAA